GCCAGACAGGUACUUGCCUGCACAACGGUCACACUGUUUCGUAAAAACAAAAUGCAGAAAUCGCAGGCAAAAUGAACAAACUGAAGUAUCUGCUGAGUUUUGUGACCCAGUCUCGGGGCAUAUCGCACUCGAGCCCCAAGGAACAGAUCCUCAACUUUCUCACCUAUGGCCUGCUGGUUAUCGUGGCCCUGUGCGCGGGCUUCCUGCUCUGGGAUCUCUCCAACAACAACCCGCGGGACGGAUUCUUCCAUGGAAAAAGGGAUACCCACACGCUUAUACUGGACCUAGAGCACAUCCAGGAAGUGGGACUGAACCCCGAGGCCGAGCAGCGGGCACGGAAUGUGAAUUGCACCUUCUGGGACUGCCUGAACAUAUACAAGUGCGAGCAUGACCGCCUGAAGGUCUAUAUUUAUCCACUGCAAGAGUUUGUGGACGAGCGGAGCGACAAGGUGGCCGCCACCUUGUCCAGCGAGUACUUUCAAAUUCUAGAGGCCGUGCUGAAGAGUCGCUACUACACCUCGAACCCCAACGAGGCGUGCCUCUUCCUGCCCAGCUUGGAUCUGCUCAACCAGAAUGUCUUUGACAAGCACUUGGCAGGCGCUGCCCUGGCCUCCCUGGACUUUUGGGAUCGCGGCGCCAACCACAUCAUCUUCAACAUGCUGCCUGGUGGGGCUCCGUCCUAUAACACGGUGCUGGAUGUAAACACGGACAAUGCCAUCAUCUUUGGCGGCGGCUUCGACUCUUGGUCGUAUAGACCUGGCUUUGACGUAUCCAUCCCUGUGUGGAGUCCGCGCCUGGUACAUCCGCAUGCCCAUGCCACGGCCCAGAGGAAGUUCCUUUUGGUGGUGGCGCAACUGAACAUCCUGCCACGCUUCCUGCGCGGCCUGCGGGAGCUGUCAUCGGCCCACAGCGAGCAAAUGCUGAUUCUGGGAGCUUGUGAGAGUAUGGAUCUCUCAUUGCGUUGCCCCUUGUCGCAACACCACAAAUCCCUGGAGUACCCACGCCUCCUGUCGCGUGGCAAGUUCUGCCUUUUGGGCAAGAGCCUAAGAAUGGGCCAGCCCGAUCUGGUGGAGAUCAUGUCCCAGGGCUGCGUUCCCGUGAUUGCCGUUGAUAAUUACGUACUGCCCUUUGAGGAUGUGAUCGAUUGGUCGCUGGCCUCAGUACGCAUUCGCGAGUCCGAGCUGCAUUCCGUGAUGCAGAAGCUAAAGGCGAUUUCCAAUGUCAAAAUCGUUGAGAUGCAGAAGCAGGUGCAGUGGCUGUACUCCAAGUACUUCAAGGAUCUAAAGACCGUGACGCUGACGGCCCUGGAAGUGCUGGAGAGUCGCAUCUUUCCGUUACGUGCCCGAAGCAGUCGUCAGUGGAACGCCAUCGACACGAAUGCUCGAUCCACCUUUAAUCCACUCUUUUUACCUUCUCUCGCUCCAAAAUCCCAAGGAUUUACGGCCGUCAUUCUGACCUACGAUCGCGUGGAGAGUCUGUUUUUGCUCAUUCAGAAGCUGGCUGUGGUUCCCUCAUUGCAAAGCAUCUUGGUUAUAUGGAACAACCAGAAGAAGUCUCCACCACACUUGUCUACAUUUCCCUCCAUAUCCAAACCUUUAAAGAUUCGGCAAACCAAGGAGAACAAGUUGUCGAAUCGAUUCUAUCCAUAUCCGGAAAUUGAAACGGAAGCCAUUUUAACCAUAGACGAUGACAUCAUAAUGCUGACCACAGAUGAGCUCGACUUUGGCUACGAGGUUUGGCGAGAGUUUCCCGACCAUAUUGUGGGCUUCCCCAGUCGCAUUCAUGUCUGGGAUAACGUUACCAUGCGCUGGCACUACGAGUCGGAAUGGACUAACCAGAUAUCCAUGGUGCUAACCGGUGCCGCCUUCCACCACAAGUAUUGGAGCCAUAUGUACACACACGCCAUGCCCGGAGACAUCAAGGACUGGGUGGACGAGCACAUGAACUGCGAGGAUAUUGCCAUGAACUUUCUAGUGGCCAAUAUAACCAACAAUCCGCCCAUUAAAGUCACUCCACGCAAGAAGUUCAAGUGCCCCGAGUGCACCAAUACGGAAAUGCUUUCGGCGGAUCUAAACCACAUGCGUGAGCGUUCAGCCUGCAUCGAUCGCUUCUCCAAGAUCUAUGGACGCAUGCCACUGCGCACAGUGGAGUUUCGGGCGGAUCCCGUGCUGUUCCGAGACAAUUUCCCGGACAAGCUGAAGCGCUACAACGACAUUGGCAGUCUGUAAAACUGAAAAAACAUUCCAAGGGAACUGAAGGAGAUAUACCAAAGACUUGUCGCAGUCGAAUAUAUGUAUCUUAGGGCUAACUGAAGCCACAAUCCGCUCACAAGGCGUCGUAACUUAUUUAUUAGCCAAAAGAGCCCUCAGCUGGAUCUCGUUUGCCGAUUAUUGUUUCACCACUUUGUAUAUAUGUUACAUUAGCGAGAUUAAUUGUGUUCAGCAGUGGAAUUUAUAUUCUAUGGCAGCUAAACCCUAGAUUUAAUUAUUAUUUUUAGUCGAACAAGAAAUGACCUUACUUCGGAAAGAACCUUAGCCGAAGUUUGAAUACCCCUGCAAUUUGCAAUCUGAAAUUUAUCAAAACUAAGCUAAAAAUUCAUUAAUUAUUAAAAAAUAUAAAAUCAAUUUGAA